AUGCACCUCCCACAAGCGCAAGCCUGCACACCACCCCCCGACCCAACCGCAGAGUACCUCCUGACGCGAGCGCCCUGCACCACCGACGCGACCUGCCAGCCCAACGAAUUCUGCGUCCACCCGGCCAACCGAUGCCUCCAGCGCUUAGUCGCAGGGACAUGCUGCGCCGCCGACACCGAAUGCAGCACCAGCUACUGCCAGACGGGAAGCUGUGCGCUGAGCCAGACGGGUAAACCCUGCACGGCUGUCUCGGACUGCAGUCCUGGCACCGACAGCGGACAGCAGCGAUGGGUAUGUGCUCCACAGACGAACACCUGUCUCCCCGGCGUCCUGGGGCUCGGGGCCGCGUGUCUGGUCGACGCGCAGUGCGGGUUCGGGCUGUGUGCGGCGGGGAUCUGUGCGCGACCCGGGGGGGAGUACGGGGCUGGUUGUCAGCAGACGCAAGAGUGUGUGGCUGGGCUGGUGUGCACCUACAGUCUGUUCAGUGAGGAUCGAAGCACGAAGAUGUGCCAGGCGGCGCCGGGGCCGGGGGCGUAUGGGGCGGCGUGUGCGGGCGACGCGGAUUGUGUGUCGGGGAAUUGUGGGGUGAAUGGGGAGUUGGUCUGCGGGGAGCCGAGGGCGUGUAACGAGGAAGGGGAGGGUUGCUGGCGCGAUGCCGAUUGUUGUCGGGGGAGUUGUCGGUUUGGGAGGUUGUGGGUUUGGAGGACUUGUGAGGUUUAA